UGCUACUGCUACACACUCUGUAUAUAUUUUUGGUAUUUGACAGGAAAAAAGGAAAAAUCACCACCCCCAGUUCAAAACUCAUUUUUAAUCUUCAAUUUCGUUUCUGUAUGCAAAACAACGGGCCGUCUGGGUGAAAUAUUAUAUAUAUAUAUACACACAUAUAUAUAUAUAUAUAUUAUAAUAAUAAUAAUUAUUAUUAUUAUUAUAGAUAUAUUUAUAAGCCAAAAACAUAGAUUUGCCUUCCUUUCUGCAAAUUUUGCAGACCUUUCUGGUCUCAAGUAUCGACCUUCCUUUUAUCACAAAAACCCUCUUGCUUCUGUCCCUUCUCGCUCCGUCUCGUAUAUAAAAACCCUUUACCAUUCCGUUGAUCACUUGUCAUCCAAAAAGCCAUGUCAGGUCUGUAUAAUUCCAACUUUUCGCCUGCAAGAGCUGUUUCUCCACAAAUUAGAGGUACCCCAGAUGUUGACAGUAAUCACUACUUGUCAGAGCUGUUGGCGGAGCAUCAGAAGCUUGGACCUUUCAUACAAGUCCUUCCGAUAUGUAGUAAACUCUUGAAUCAAGAGAUAUUACGGGUCUCAGGGAUGUUGCCCAACCAAGGUCUUGGUGAACUUGACCGACUAAGACAUAGAAGCCCCAGUCCGAUGGCUUCUUCAAAUCUUAUGCCAAAUGUUGCUGGAACAGGGUUUGGUGGCUGGAAUGGCCUUCCUCAGGAGAGAUUAAGUGGACCCACUGGAAUGACGAUGGACUGGCAAGGGGCACCGGCAAGUCCUACUUCAUACACUGUGAAGAGGAUAUUGCGCUUAGAAAUUCCAGUAGAUACUUAUCCAAAUUUCAAUUUUGUUGGAAGACUUCUGGGACCUAGAGGCAAUUCAUUGAAGCGGGUUGAGGCUACUACAGGAUGCCGUGUAUACAUUAGAGGAAAAGGAUCGAUAAAGGACCCAGACAAGGAAGAAAAGCUUCGAGGAAGACCAGGCUAUGAGCACCUGAAUGAGCCGCUCCACAUCUUAAUCGAGGCUGAUUUACCUGCCAAUGUUGUUGAUAUAAGACUCAGACAGGCACAGGAAAUUAUAGAAGAAUUGCUCAAACCAGUGGAUGAGUCCCAGGAUUUCAUCAAGAGGCAGCAAUUGCGAGAACUAGCUAUGCUUAAUUCAAAUUUCAGAGAAGAGAGCCCUGGUCCAAGUGGUAGCGUAUCGCCUUUCAAUACCAGUGGAAUGAAACGUGCAAAAACCGGACGUUAAGACAUGAAUCCUUACUCAGUGUCCAAACUGCUGGUACCUUACCUGCUCUGGUUCGGAGAAUCAUGCUUGAGUAUACCUCCCAAUACACCUCAAUUGCGCACAGCUACCUCAAAAGGAAGUAGGAAAAAUGUCUAACAGUUCUUGCGGGUGAGCUUUAUGGUUAUCUUUUCUUUUUGUUUUAUUUUAAACAACAGGGAACAAAAUUGAAGGGAACUCCCAAAAAAAGGAAAAAAAAGAAAAAGAAAAAGAAAAAAAUGAAGAAGCACAUGUUUUUUUCUUUAAUUUAUAUAUAUAGUUGGAUUUUGGGUUUAGGUUUGGUGGUGUCAUAACCUGUAAACUUCAUUCAUUGGAUUUAUUCUUGUGUUAGUAAACCUUGAGUAGUGUGGAAUAUAUUGUUAUUGGUGCA